CGGCGCGCGUAAUCAAAGAUCACUACGAAGAAGUCCACCCUCUCCUUUCACCUUCUAUUUUGCAAUUGAAAACACUGUUAUAACAACAGACUAGAGACGAAUCAGCUUUAAAGAAAUGGGCUCCAUCGAUCCAGAUUUUGACGAUUGUCCCGAUCUAACAAAGUCCGCGCCGACGCUUCUCCAGGAAUUCCAAACGCGUCUUGACGAAGCUCUCGAACUGACGCCCAGCCAAGCGGCGGACUACGACCCAGCCGCGCUGAUAUCUCAGAUCGAGCCCUUUCAAGAUGCACCGCAGCUUAUAGAUCCGAUAUUGGAGAAGUCUGUGACUGGUGUUUGUCGCGCGUUGCUGGAGGAUCGGAGGCCGUGGCAGUUUAGAGUGCUCUAUGUGCUUGUGAAGAUACGGGGCGCAAAGACCGUUUGCAGGUUUCUCUUCAACGAAGUGCCGCUUGUGCAGAAGAUUCUGGGAUUUGCGGAAGCUUGCGAUGCGACUAAUAGCUCCUGGGAAGAGAGGUACAUUAUUCUACUGUGGCUGUCUGGGCUGGCGCUCACGCCAUUCAACUUGGACACGGUUGGUGAAAACGUUCCAGAUCGGUUAUUCGAGGUUUCGCAGAAAUAUCUCGGGGCGGCUGGUAGAGAGCGAGAAGCGGCGUCAACUUCUCUCGCUCGGUUUAUAUCCAGACCAGACACACUCAGCAUAUAUCUCCCGAAAUUCAUCGACUCCAGUUCGGGCGCAGAUGACUCUGCAGAAUCCUCAAAGCAAAGCAUCUUCUGGACCCUGGGAACCGUUUCUUCCAUGGCGCAGAUAUUUGCCAUCUGCCAGGCCCACGAUCUGAAGCCUUAUAUCCAGCCCCUAUCACAACUGCUCCAGACCCUGAAGAAGAACCCCGAGGCCGCAUCAAACACGCAACUACGCAAGCUACUCUGCAAAGCAACCUACCGUCUCGCUCUGCGCGCGCUCGAGGUCUCAGAGUCCGAAGUCCCUACGGCUGUCGAAGUAUGUCUUGACGAACUACUUACAAAGUCACUGGCAGACAAAGACACGCUUGUUCGCUACUCUGCCUCGAAGGCGUUCUCGCGUGUCGCGCUGGCCAUGACGAAAAUCGACAGUGAUGGCAUCUUUGUUUCUGAGAUUAUCGACUCGUUGCUGCUGUCUUCGUUUCCUCUUAAUAAGGCCAUGGGAGACAGCAAGACCGCCGACAGAUGGCACGGAGGCCUUCUUGCGCUCGCCGAACUUCUUCGUCGCCAUGUCCUUCCUUUGCCCGCCUACGCGCCCCAGCUCUUUGACAAAAUCGACUCUGGUCUGCGUUUCGAGAUCCGCAAAUCCACGCACGCCCUCGGCGCAAACGUCCGUGACUCGGCCUGCUACGUGGCUUGGUCGCUGUUUCGGCACUACCCCGAUCUGCUGUCAUCCACCAGCACCGCAGCGCCGACGCAAAAACUUGUCAAGGGCGUUCUCGCAGAUUUGGUCCUGGUCGGCUGCUUUGACAGAGAAAUCAACAACCGCAGAGCAGCGGCCGCGGCGGUCCAAGAAUGCAUUGGUCGUCACGCUGGCGCAGUCGCGUCGCUAGAGACCGGUGUUGCUUUGGUACAAGCGCUCGACUACUUUGCGAUCGGAAACCGCGCAAAUGCGUUCCUUGAGGUAUCCAGACGGAUAGCAAAGCUCGGGAUCGCUUCGGCGGGCGGGGGCGAGAUGGUUGAGUUUCUGUUGAACGGUGCGGUUACGAGCUGGGAUAUUGAGGUUCGAAAGCUCGCGGGACAGGCUAUCGCAGGGCUGGCGAAGGAUACCGAGACCGAGCUUGAGACUAUCGAAACUGUUUUGGUGAUUGCUGAGCGUGCUGCCGGAGGUGGUACUAUUGACGAGCAGCAUGGAAGUCUGUUUACGCUGGGCGAAUUACUCUCAGUGGUGGAUAGCUCGACUGAUUUGAGCCAGACGGUUCUUCCGCGGGUGGUGCAGUUACUCGAGAACCUGAAAUUCCCUCCUCACGUCGCAAUGACUCUCUACGACGGCGCGCUGCGCGUAAUUUCCGCAUCAGCUUCACGCUUACAAACCGAUGCAGAAGUCCCCCCGAUCUUCUACUCGAUCCUCGACAACGCACUCUCAAGAACCGACGACAACGCACAGACAAAGGUACUCCACGCGUCAGCCAGAGCCGCCACGGCCGACUUUUCGCCGUCGCAGGUGAAUGUCUUAGAAUGGCUGAGCUUUGCAAAGGCGGGAAAGUUUGGGUAUAUGCUCGCGCUGGGAAGUCUGAGGUUUGAGAUUCCUGAGCAGGUCAUUGCGGAUAUUUGCAGGAUCGCGGCGUCGUCUGAACGGCAGUACGGAGUCGCGUUGAGAGUCGCGAGUGUCGAUACGCUGCAUUCGCUCUUAGACGCAAAGAAAGCAUUGGUCGCACAAAAGUACAAAUCCGAGAUCUUCUGGUCGCUAGUCUACGCCCUUCAAGACUACACCAUUCUUCCCACCCGAGGCGACGUAGGCUCGCAAACACGUCUAGCCUCGAUCUCAGCACUGACCGCCCACGCGGAAACACUAUGCGCAGAUCAAACCACCACCGCUACAGCCGAGGCCGCGACCGCGUGCGUCGCGAACCUGAUCCGCAUCUCGCUGGAGAAAAUGGAUAAACUGCGCCUACGCGCGGUCGCGUGUCUGUCAGCGCUUCUUCCGCACGCGGCGUCUUUAGUCCCGUCGGCUGCGGCCUUGCUUGCGAUCAUCGCUCAAAAGACAGAUCAGGAUGCGACGAGCAGCAGUGCGAAGGAAUACUACACACGCAUGAUCAACCUCUGCGUCUGCGCCGAGACGGUGUUUGCGCAGGCGGCGAUCACGGGCAUCGCGGCAUCUGUCGGCGGUGGAACGGGCGAGAGCGUCGUUCGCGCGUCGAGCGAGGCGAUAGUGCAGUUCAUGACCUGCACUGAUGAUGACGAGGUAGACGAUAAGCGACGCAGGUUUGUCGAGAACGUGGUGGCGCUUUUCGUCCAGAAACCAGCUGUCGUCGCGAACCCUGCCGACGGGACGAAACCGACGCCGCCGAAACGCGAUUUCGAACUUUGUGAGGUCGUGGUCUUGUUAUUCGAGACGGGGAGUAUGGCGACGUACGCCUCGUCGUCGAUGUACGUCUCGAUCUACAACAAAGCUGCGCGUCUGCUGCAGCUCGCGACGAAAGCGAACAGUAUCCCGAGAUUGGAAAGUCUGAUUGGUUUAUUUUCGGGGAUCGUGGAAGCUACGGGGGUGGGUAGUAAGGUUCGCGAAGCGGCGGUGAGGAAGUUGGUCAGUUUACUGAUUGGUGAUAUGCGACGAGUCCGACAACCAGCAGCCGAAGCUCUUUUCCUACUCCUAAGUUCUGGCGCGGAAAACGAUAUACAACCCGACGACGAAACGGAAGAGGAAAGCGGGGGGAUAGACGAGCUUUUGACGUCGACGGACUGGGCUUCUGUAUCUGAACCUGCGAUGUUAAAAGAUGCAGAGGAGAAAAUUCUGAAAGCGCUCUUGGGAUAGCGAAAUUGUAUGAGGUUACAAAUGUAUGCAAGUAUAGAUUAGAUU